AUGGAAUAAAUAAUUUAGAAUGACAAUUUUGUUUUACUAUAAUCGAAAUUAGUUAGCUAUCCAAAGACAUAUGAAGAUUUGAAAGUAAAAUUAUGUUGUUAAUUAAAGAUAAUAGCAUCUAUAAUAAGAGGAACUAAAGUUAUUUCUAAAUUGAAUGAGUUAUAUCAUUAACAAUUAUCUAAUGAUGGUUAAAUGAAAGUAUAAAAAAUAUUAAGUAAAAGUUAUGUAACAGUUUUUAAAUAAAGACUUACUCUAAAAAUGAAUAAUUAUAUUCAAAUCCAACAUUAGGAGUAUAACUUUUAUUGAAAGGAUAAGUUGAUAUUUAUUAAGUGGAAGAAGGUUACAUUUAUAAAAAAGAGAAAUUGAUCACAAGUUUACAUCCGCUUUCCUAUAUUGAAGAUGAAUUUCAUUUUGACAAAGAGAUAUAUUGUUCAACUUAAUUAUAAUAUAAUAUUUCAGUAGAUAACACUUUGAUUUUGAGCAUUAAUAAAAAGGAAUGUGAUGAUAUUUAUUAAUUUUAUGGAGAUCUUUUCUUAUUUAAGCAUAAGACUCUAUGCAAAAUAAUACCAGGUUUAGGGGAUUUAAAUUCAAAGAGAAUAUUGACAUCAUUAGCAACACAAUUUGAAAUUUUAACUUUAUCACAUUAAGCAUAAGUAACAGAGUAAUUAUUUAAAUUAAUUUGAAGAGAAAACGUAAUAGGAGAAUAUUUGUACUUUUUAGCUUAAGGUGAUAUUUAAAUGUUAAAAAAUGAAGAACAUAUCUUUACAAUUGAAGAUAGUGGAAUAAUAGGAGAUGAAUUAAUUAUAGAUCCAGAUUAAGAUUAGAAUUUAUAAAUAUGCUAUGAAUUUACUGCGAAAGUAAAAUCUGCUCAAGUUUCACUUUAUAGAAUCAAAGUUAAAAUAUUUGCUCGUCUUUUUCCAAACUCUAUAAUAAGAUAGAUAAUAUAACUUCAUAAGUGUAUUUAUUUAUAAUAUUGAAACAUUAUUAUAGAGAAAUAAUUAAUUCGUUUGUUGAUGGGAAGUAAACCAUUAGAUUAAUAACAAUAAUGUUUUUCACCAAAGGAUAAUAUUAAGAUAUCCAAAUCAAAUUUAGUUCUAACAAAAGAUUCUAUAAAAUCAUAUGAUAAAGUAGAUGUGUAAUUUUAAUAAUAUCAAGUACACUAUUAAUAUAUCCUAAAGGUACCAAAACAUAGCAGAGUUUUGAAAUAUAAUAAAAAUGUAUUAGAUUAAUUUGGUGAAGAGGAAAAGAAAUCUAAAAAGAUUACAAUAAAUGAAUUUGUCUAAUUAACUAAAUAAAAUAGUUAGCCUUAAAUUAAAAUUUUAGAAAAAGUAGAAAAUCCAUAUAGUUUUGCAUCUAAUGUAAAUUCUGAAGGAUUCUUAAAAUAAUAUUAUUCUAAUUUAAUUAGAGUUGGAUUGGUUAAACCUCCUCUUAGAAUAGCUCCUUAAAAUAAUGAAGCUAUUUAAAGAUCUAGAGUUAUUUCAGCUAUUAAAUUAGUAGAGAAAACACAUAAACAAAUUAAAACUCGUAAAUCAACAAGUUUAAUUUUUGAGUAAAAUGAGCCAAUUCUUCAGAUUAAUUCAUUAAAUCCAAAUAAAGAAGAUAAUAAGGAAAAGAGAAAUUCAAAUAAAAAAUUAGAUAAAAAUAAAACUAUGACUUCAUUUUUUGUAACUCCAAGAACUUCCGCUUAAUUACAUCAAUAUCAUAAUUCAACAUCUGGAUACUUUUAAUUUAUUGAGACACCAAAAUGUGAAACUCCAUAAUCAAAAUCUACAAUGGCAAAAUCAUUUUAAGUAUUUAGACCUUUAUCAGGAUUCAUGGAUCAUUCUUCUAGAUUAUCAUAAUAAUCAGAGAUGUAAAAAAGAUUAAGAAAACCAAACUAACACUUUUUUUGA